CGAUUCCCCCCGGUUCGGUCUCAUCUCGGCAUCCCAUGAUGCCGGAGAGCGAACAACGACAGCCGCUGCUGGCUCCACAGCAGCCGCGCGUCCCUGACAAUGCCCUGUUCGGGAAGUACGAGCUCGGCAAGCUCCUCGGGUGCGGCGCCUUCGCCAAAGUCUACCACGCCCGCGACGUCCGCACCGGCCAGAGUGUCGCCGUCAAAGUCAUCAACAAGAAGAAGCUCGCCGGCACCAGCCUCAUGUCCAACAUCAAGCGCGAGAUCACCAUCAUGCGCCGCCUCCGCCACCCCAACAUCGUCAAGCUCUACGAGGUCCUCGCCUCGAAGACCAAGAUUUACUUCGUCAUGGAGUUCGUGAAAGGCGGGGAGCUUUUCGCCAAGGUGUCGAAGGCGCGUUUCUCGGAGAAUCUCAGCCGGAAGUACUUCCAGCAGCUCAUCUCCGCCGUCGGGUACUGCCACUCUCGCGGCGUCUACCACCGGGAUUUGAAGCCCGAGAAUUUGCUCGUUGACGAGAACGGGGAUUUGAAGGUUUCGGAUUUCGGUCUCAGCGCCGUGACCAACCAGAUCCGACCCGACGGGCUCCUCCACACGCUAUGCGGGACCCCCGCUUACGUGGCCCCGGAGAUUUUGACGAAGAAGGGAUACGACGGCGCCAAGGUGGAUGUGUGGUCGUGCGGCGUGAUACUGUACGUUUUGAAUGCCGGCUUCCUGCCGUUCAACGACCCAAAUCUGAUGGCCAUGUAUAAGAAGAUUUACAAGGGAGAAUUUCGGUGCCCGAAAUGGAUGUCGUCGGAUCUGAAGCGGUUUUUGGGUCGGCUCAUGGAUACAAACCCAGCGACCCGGAUCACGAUCGACGAGAUUUUGAAGGAUCCGUGGUUUAGAAAAGGCGGGUGCAAGGAGAUCAAAUUCUACGACGAUGAUUAUUCGAUGGACGACGCCAAAAUUGGCGGCGGCGAGGAGGAGCAGAAGGGCGUGACGAGCCUGAACGCGUUCGAUUUGAUUUCGUUCUCGGCCGGGCUGGACCUGUCCGGGUUGUUCGAGCCAUCGAGCAGCAGCCCGGCGGAAGACGGCGAGCGAUUUAUCUCGGAAGAUACAGUGGAGAACGUGGUGGAUAGAGUGGCGGAGUUUGCAAAGGCGGAGAAGCUGAGGGUGAGGAGGAAGAAGGAUUGGGGGCUGGAGAUGGAAGGGCAGAAUGGGAAUUUAACAAUCGGGGUGGAGGUUUCCAGAUUGACGGAAAAUCUAGUGGUGGUGGAGGCCAAGAGGACGGGCGGCGACGCCGGGCCGUACAAGGAGCUGUGGAAGAACAAGCUCAGGCCUUACCUGAUUUGCCCAGAUGAUCAAAGUCCCUCAUCGUCAAUAUCAACUCCUUCCUCCUCCUCGCUCGCUUGCCCAGUCGACGAAUGUUGAUUGUGGGUGUCGAACGACAUGUCGCUUUUUGGAAUGGUAAUUAAAAUUAAUCAAGUAAUUAAUUAAUAAAAAUUAAAAAAAGAAGAAGAUAAUGGGUUGUUGUGUUUGUACUGGCAAAUGGGAUUAAUAAAAGAUUACUAAACCGAUUUUGUAAUCUGGGAUUAAGACUGGGAUUAGGGAAAAGAGAUAUAUGUGCAUGUAUAAUUUAUCUAUAUAUAGCCUUUGAUAGGGCAAUGUACAAGUUAAGUUGUACAGAUUAUAUGAGUAAGUUGAUGAGGGCAACAGAGGAUGAAGGGUUAGAUUUAAAUCUAAUCAAAACUCUGACUCUUUUGCAAUGCAUCUUGUAUAAUUGUAUUGAUUCUUUCUUCUUUCAA